UGCAUGCUCUGUGAAUAGAGGCCAGGCUCACCUUGGCACAGAUUGUCUGUGUCUGUCCUUAUCAAAGGCAUGUGGCUCUAUCUGGUGGCUCUAGUGGGCCUGUGGAACCUCCUGCGCUUGUUCAGGGAGAGGCAGGUGGUGAGCCAUCUCCAAGACAAGUAUGUCUUCAUCACGGGCUGCGACUCGGGCUUUGGAAACCUGCUGGCCAGACAGCUGGACAGGAGAGGCAUGAGGGUGCUGGCUGCAUGUCUGACAGAGAAGGGAGCCGAGGAGCUGAGGAACAGGACAUCAGACAGGCUGGAGACAGUGAUCCUUGAUGUCACCAAGACAGAGAGUAUUGUGGCAGCCACUCAGUGGGUGAAGGAACGAGUCGGGAACAGAGGACUCUGGGGCCUGGUCAACAAUGCUGGCAUCUCUGUUCCCUUCGGUCCCACUGAGUGGCUGAACAAGCAGGACUUUGCAAAAGUCCUGGAUGUGAACCUGUUGGGCAUGAUCGAGGUGACUCUGAACAUGCUGCCCUCAGUGAGGAAGGCAAGGGGCCGUGUGGUCAACGUCUCUAGCACCAUGGGUCGAGUGUCUUGCUUUGGUGGUGGCUACUGCAUCUCCAAGUAUGGUGUAGAGGCUUUCUCGGACUCCCUCAGGAGGGAGCUCUCCUAUUUUGGAGUGAAGGUGGCUAUCAUAGAGCCUGGAAGCUUUAAGACUGAUAUGACCAGGAAUGGCAGGGUACCAUCAAGUGUCAAGAUGCUGUGGGACCAGGCCAGCUCAGAGGUCAAAGAGAUCUAUGGCGAGACGUUUUUGCUAUCCUUGUUGCAAACAAUGAACUCAAUGGUGGAAUCAGGCUCAGAUGACCUUACUUUGGUGACGGACUGCAUGGAGCACGCACUGACUUCCUGUCACCCUCGCACCCGGUACUCAGCUGGCUGGGAUGCCAAGCUCUUCUACCUCCCCCUGAGCUACCUGCCCACCUUCCUGAUAGAUGCUAUCUUCUACUGGUCAUCUGUGAAGCCUGCCCAGGCCCUAUGAAAUCUGCACCUUCAUGCAAAAUUGGGGAAGUAGGGAGGAUGGA